AUGCGCACCGCCGCCGCCGACCCGGGCCUCCGGCCAUUCACCCUGCUAGCAGGCUUCGCAUACUACUCCCUCCUCGGAAGCUGGCUCGACACGGCCCUCCUCCUCCUCUUCACCGCAUAUCGCAACAAGCACGCCCUCGCCAGCCUCAUCGCAGACUACACGGACCCGCAGGCCCUGCGUAACCAGCUCCUCCUCCUCCCAGGGUUCCUGCUAGGCUUCGUGUUCCUCCAAAUCUGCCGCUUCUUCCUAGGCCUGACCGAGACGACGGGAACGGGGACGAGGUGGACGACGCCCGUGAGGCCGCUCUUGAUCCCCUGCACGACGACGCACAGGAGGACAUUUCCCCAGAAGCACGCUUUCGUGUACUCGUACCUCGUCGUCGGUAUCCCCGUCGGCUGGAAGGGGACCUACGCCGGCAUGGUCUCGUGCGACGUCGAGAAAGGCGGAGGCUGGCUUUCGUGGUUCUCACUGGCGCCGCGGCAGCCCGGGCGAGGAUGGUUUCACGUGGAUCCUGCGGAUUAUCUAGAACGGGGCAACGGGCACCUCGGGCUGAGGGGGAAGCUUGAUGCGUAUCUCACAUCUCAGGGCGCGGAUCCAGCGCAAUAUCCCAACGCAUAUCUCGUUACCGCCGCCAGGUUCCUGGGAUACCACUUCAACCCAGUCUCCUUUUGGUACCUCUACUCUAAAGACAAGGAGCUGACGGCCAUGGUCCUCGAGGUGAACAACACCUUUGACGAGCGCAGGAUGUACUUUCUCACCGCGGACGCCGUCCCCUCUGACCAGCGUCUCGAUGACGGGACACACAUCGACAUUGCAGAGUCAGCCUCACAGGAAGCAAACGUAGAAUCGGCCGCCAGAAGAGCGCCGGUCAGGAUGAUAAAGACCUGGCCAAAGGACUUCCACGUCUCCCCCUUCAACUCCCGCAAGGGCUCCUACUCCCUCUCGGCAACAGACUUCUUCGCGGGAGGAACCGACUACACCCUCGACAGCACAAUCACCCUAAGCUCCUCCAAAGACCACCCCAAAAUCGUCGCCCGCCUCUUCAACUCGGCGCCCGCCAUCGACCCGGGCACCAUGAUCGCUCUGCAAAAGUUUACUUUCUUGUGCCGCUGGUGGUGGGUCGGCUUCGUGACCUUCCCGCGCAUCGUCAAGGAGGCCGCUGUCCUCUCCCUCCGCAAAGGUCUGCACGUGUGGUUCCGCCCGGAGCCCCUCAAAGAGAGCAUCGGAAGGAAGGCAGACGCGACGGAGGGUCGACUGGAGCCCGUCUUCCGGGCCUACCUGCAGCAAUUGGUCGCGCAGUCCACGGCCGCAAUCGCCGUCAGAUACAUUCCCGGCGGGACGUCUGCCGCAGCCGGCACCGGAAUCGAGACGAUGCUCUCGCCGGCGGCCAAAAAGAACCCAAAACGCACCGAGCAUCUCGACUUCAAGGUCCUCACGCCCGUCUUCUACACCCGCUUCGUGCGCUAUGCCCACGACCUAGAGGCCGUCUGCUGCGAGUUCCAAGACAACGGCACGCUCUGGAUCUCCCAACCGGAGCUUCUACCGAAACUCAUCCUCAAGACACCCGCGCCACCCCUCAAGACGACUAACAUCCUGGACUUUGUCUACUUCAUGGCCAUACGCGCCCUGCGGCAGAGGCCGGAGCGCAUCGAGCGGCCGCUGACCUCAGCCGCGAAGAAUACGGGCAAAGACGGACGAGGAGGGGACGGUAACGGCGCCGGCGUGCAAAAGGUCGAUAUCCGUGACUUCCGCAUCUCUUCCAUGGACGGCUUCGUCCUCGCACAGACGAACAGGCAGACGAGGAGCACUUACAGGUCGCUCGUCCUACGGUCGUUUCUCGCUGACCGCUUAGCGCUGGGGAGCGUGGAGCUCCUGGAUUUGCAACACUUGGUCCUGCGCGCGGGCGUGGCUUGGAUCUUGUCGUCGACCGUUGCUCCGCUUGUGAGGUUGUGA